AUGGCUUCUAGAGAUUUACCUCAUUCAUUUAAUGAGCUUGCCUUUGGAUGGUCUAAACAUCUUAAAGAAGAAAUCAUUGUUAAUAAAAAUUCUCAACAAUUAGUUGAUGAAGAUUUCCAACCUGAUGAAGAUAUCACUAAAGAAACUAAAGUCAAAUUUGAUAAUUUAUGGCCAGCAUUUGCUUCAGGAGCUGGGUUAUUUGCUGAUGGUUAUGUCAAUAAUUCUAUUGGUAUUGUUUUAGCUUGUUUGAAAAUUCUUUAUGGUGAUGAAUUUACAAAAUCAAAUGCUAUUAGUAAUAUUGGAUCAAUUGGAUUUGUUGGUACUGUUGUUGGACAAUUAAGUUUUGGUUAUAUUUCUGAUAGAAUUGCUAGAAAAGGAGGAAUGAUGACAGCUAAUAUUAUGUUGAUUGUUUUCACUUUAUUAUGUGCUGUAGGAUCUUGGGGUACUACUAUUCAAGGGUUUUUCGCUUGUCUUACAGUUUGGAGAUUUUGUUUAGGUGUUGCCAUUGGUGCUGAAUAUCCAACUUCUUCAGUUAUUGCUUCGGAAUUUGCUAAUCAAUUACCUUCUGGUAAAAGAAAUAGAUAUUUCAUUUGGUUUACAGGGUUUAUGAUUGAUUUUGGAUUUGUGGUUUCUGCUUUUGUUCCCUUUGUGUUAUUAUGGAUUUUUACUGAAAAACAUUUACGAGCAUUAUGGAGAGUUUCUAUUGGAUUAGGAGCCAUUCUUCCAACAGCUUUAUUUUUCAUUAGAUUGAAAAUGAAAGAUUCAAGUUCAUUUGAAAAAUUACAUAUGAAAAAUGUUAGAUAUAGAGAUUAUCCUUGGUGGUUAAUUGUUAAAUUUUAUUGGUUUAGAUUGACUAUUGUUUCAAUGAUUUGGUUCAUUUAUAAUUUUUCAGUUUAUUCAUUUGGUACUUUUAAUGCCAUUAUUUUGGGUCAAAUUAUUCCUGAUGCCCCAUUAUGGCAACAAUGGGGAUGGUCAGUCGUUUUCAAUUUAUUUUAUAUUCCAGGUUCAUUCCUUGGUGCCUUUUCUGCUGAUUACCUUGGUCCAAGAUUGACAUUAGCCAUUGGGGUUGGAUUACAAGGAAUUAUUGGAUUUAUCAUGUCUUCUUGCUUGAAUGGAUUAAGAAAACAAGUUGCAGCAUUCACUGUUGUUUUCGGUAUAUUUGCCACAUUAGGUGAAUUUGGUCCUGGUGGUAACAUUGGAUUAUUAGCUUCUAAAACAUCUGCUACUCCAAUUAGAGGUCAAUAUUAUGGUAUUGCUGCUGCUAUGGGUAAAAUUGGUGCUUUUGUUGGAACAUGGAUUUUCCCCGCCAUCCAAAGAAGAUACGCUAGUAAAACUAACCCAGAUUUGGAAUUACAGGUUCCAUUUUAUCUUUCCUCAGGGUUAUGUAUUUUCAGUGCCUUAUUGACAUUCUUUUUGUGUCCUCAUGUUGGACAAGAUGCCAUUAAUAGAGAAGAUAAAGAGUUUGUUGAUUACUUACAAAAGAAUGGAUUUGAUAUUAGUAAAUUAGGUGAAGACACCAGUUCUGUUGAAAUUGAUGUUGUGAAAGAUACAGAUUCAGCUGAAAAAAUUAGUGAAACUAUCGAUGUUGGUCAAAAAUUAGCUUAA